CCCAAUUCCCUCGAUUUUCUCCCCCCGACCGGCGGAUAGCCGCCCCUUAAAGCUAUUAAACCCCCCUCAACCCUCGUCCGCGUUCCAUUCUUCGUUUUCUUUCCCUUUUUCUCGCCCAAAAACCCGUAAUUCCCUUACCCACAUCUUCACCGAAGAACUCUAAGUGAUCACCAUAUCCGUGACCGCGACCCAGCUAUCCCUAACCUCUCGACGUCUAUACUACACUUAACAGAUAAUAUCCAUUUCGUUUUUCGAGUCGUCAUCUCGAGGGGCAAUUCACUCGGGUCUGUCAACCAUGGACAUGGCUCCAGUCCGCCCGCCUCCCGCCAUCACCACCGCCAACAAUUCCCUCCCUCGCGGACGCGCGCCCAAAGACCCCAAUGCGCAGACCUUCACGUUCCAAUGCAACGCCCUCGCCGACCUAGAGAACACCCUGCGAGCAUACCUCUCCCAUCCGCCGGGCCAGCCGGAGCACAGCACCUGCGAAUUGACUGUGUACGGCACCGCGUCGUUCGACGUGCAUCUCUCGCGGAACGCCCACUUCCAGCCGGGCCCGGUUGCCGACAACUUCGACGCGAGCAUCACCAUGCAGGAUGCCCUCGACGCGAAUCAGCACCCCACCGAGGCCAUGAACAAGCAGAGGGCCAUUGCGAAGGCCUGCGUGGAGGCGGUGCAGCGUGUGGAUGGGUUUCGGUAUAGCUUCCAUAACAAAUGGAAGAGCGGGGAGGACAACGCGCAUCGCUUUUCGUAUUACUGUAAUGAUUCAUUUCUCAAUAAGGAUCGCGUCGCGAAUGGUAAGGCCGGUACGCAAGGAAAAAGAGCGACCAAGCCGGUCUAUGACUGUAAAGGAGUGUUGGCGGUCAAGUUCUCGUCCGCCCAACAAAGUCUUACGGUGGUAUAUCGACAUAUUCCAUUACACGAAACCUAUGAAGAACGCGCUCCGAUCCCCCGGAAAGAUUCGAAGAGGCGGACGGUAUGGGAACAGAAGAACCCCGAGAAUAGGGUACGCGGCGGCACACUUCCUCGACAAUCCACCGGAGGAGCAGUCGAAGUCAAUGGUGAGAACCACUCGGAAGUCCGCGCGGCGAAGAAGCGAAAACGAAACACCAUCGCCGCGUCCAAGCCAUCUAGUACCGCCGAAGCCGAUCUUCGACAAGAGAGCCUCUACUCCCUCCUCGAACUGAUCCGCACCGACAAGGACGAAGUCCCCGGUACGCCGUCUCAAGAGAAGGAGCAGAUUCCCCCCCCUACCUCCGACAACCCGAACGGCAACCCUAACCCCAACCCGACGAACAACUUCGAUCCCGUUCUCCAGGCGCAAGCCUCCAAUCGGAUCGUCUUCGUCGACGGGGACAAGUCGAAACGACCAAAGAUCAGCUGCGGCGUCUGUCGAGGGAAGAAGAGUCGCUGCGACGGCGCCCGCCCCACCUGCGGUCCCUGUGCAAAGCGAUCCCUCGCCUGCCAUUACUCCGACCCUCCAUCCGACCACCCCCCCCAACCCGUCCACAACGGCCACCCUCCCGUCCACACCCCGCACACCCCCUCCUUCGCCCAAGGUCAAGCCCACACCCACGCGCAAGUGCAAGCCCAAGUGCAAGCUCAAGUGCAAGCUCAACAAGCCCAACUCACCACCACGACGCAAGAAAACCAAGACCUUAAAUCCGCCCUCCAAGACCUCCGCAACGAGAUGAAAUCCCUCCAAGAACAGCUCUCCACCUCCCAAGACAAAAUCAAGCAACUCGAAACCGACAAGUCCAACUCCCAGGCCGAAUCCGCCGCCGCCCAAGCCGCUGCGCAACAAGCCGCGCAGGCCCAAGCCCAGGCCCAGGCUCAGGCCCAAGCCCAAGCCCAAGCCCAGGCCCAAGCCGCCCAGCGCGAACGCACCCGCACCCCCCAACAACCCCAACAAUUCCCACAAUCCGUCCCCCGCACCCAACAACAUCAACCCCAACGCCAACCCCCGCCGCAGUUUUCCCAGCAAUUCUCCGCCCAGGCCGUCGACGCUAGCCACUCCGGCCACGGGAACCACGGGGUUAAUAACGUCGCGCCGGUGGCGGGGCAUGGGGUGGGUGCGGUGGGGGCCCAUGGGGUGAGUGGGGUGGGGAGCGGGCACGGGGUGAAUGGGGCCCAUCGGCAGCCAUUUGGGUCGGCGGCGGGGGUGGGAACGCAAGCGCCGGGGGGACAGGCGUAUGGGGGGGCGUAUAACGCGGGUGUUGGGCAGAACGCCGCGCAGGUGCGGGGCGAUAUAUACGGGCAGCAGAUGCGGUGGCAGAGCUCGUAUGGGUAUCCGGCGCCGACGCCGCAGAACGGAGAUCCGAAUAUGUGGAAUUCGUCAAGGAUGAAUCAUUCGAUGAUGCGGUGAGUCUAGGAGGACGAGGGAGAAGGGGAAUCUCACGACUUCAUGAUAUGAGCUCGACGACGGCGGAUCGAUAUCCGGAAGACUGGGUGCUAUUGGGCGGAAUCCGGUGGGCUUGUUUGGUUCGUGUAUUUGUUUUUCGUAUUGGUAUGAUAUCCCCUUUCGUUCGCUACAUGGAGGAUUGGGUCGGAUACAGAUGCUUUGACCGGGCGAUUAUUAUUCCUGCUCGGCGUCUCGAGCGGUACUUUCUCUCUGGACGGGGUUUUGUUUUCAGGGGCAAGAGCGGGAUUUUUUCAUGAAUGAGUGGCCAUACCAUACCGCACGACGGAU